AUGGCCGCGUCAAAUGACUGCACGGGAGAAAUAUCUUCCUUUUCGGCCAUAUUUCUGGGAGUCUUAAAUGGCGUAUCGGGAUUUGCUGCUGUCGUUGGAAACCUUUUUGUGCUAGUAACGUUUAUAAAGAGCGGGUCACUUCGACAGCCGUGUUACUAUCUGAUGGUAUCUCUAGCGUCAAUGGAUAUCUUAGUUGGCUUAGCGGUUAAUCCUCUUUACAUUGCCUUAACGAACUUUAUCCCCUGGCAGUACAGAGAAGAGCAUCUUCUCCAACUGGAAAGCUUCUUCGCCAUGACCAGUUCUAUGAUAAUCAUGCACAAUUUGACGGUGAUGAGCGUGGAGCGGUACAUCGCUGUGACAUACUCAUUGCGGUAUCGCACACUCGUUACAGACAAACGAAGUUACAUAGCCAUUGCUUUCGUGUGGACUUUCGGCUUUACUCUUAAUGGGCUGUAUUUCGGCACCAGCAACGACGACCUACCAAAGUUGUGGAUAACGUGCGGAGUCUUGACCGGCUUUGUACCUAUGGCGAUCAUCUUCUACUGCUACGCAAAGAUUUUUCGAGCAGCGCGCAGACAGUCCCGAAGAAUAGCGGUUGCUGAGCGCUGUGUUUCUAAUACAGGCUCAAGGAACGAUCGCGAGGAGAGCACAGACAUUGGAAGUGAAAAAUCGAAUGUAAAGGAGAUAAAGAGAGCCAGAAAGGCUGCGUGGGGUGUCGCCAUUGCAUUUUUGAUAGUGAUGGCCCUUUCGAUGCCUGUAACUGUUAUCAGCAUUCUGCAGAUUGUUUACGCGGGGGACGUGUGUCGCCGAAGAAGUAACAACCGAGCGUGGUUUUGGGGAGCAACUGUAACACUCCUAAGCUCCGCUUUAGACCCUUGGAUCUAUGCGAUGCGGAUACGAGAGUUUAGGCAGUGUUUUAGGCGAGCAUUUCGCUUUAGCUGAGUUCUGUUGCGAUAACUUUGGGGGGUUACUGAACACUUAGCGCGUAUUUAAGCCCAUGGAUUUUACGCAACGCGGAUACCAGAGCUUAGACACGGGUUUGCUAACAUUUCGCUUGAACAAACUAGCUCGUGUUGUGUACAAAAUAACAAGCACUGCGAUGUGAAGAUCAGUACGUUCAGAGCAUAACAGGCAAAUGGAUCUCUGCAAUGCGUCGAUUGAUGCGACCAUUUAAAUCGCGAUUUUAGCGAACAUUUUGUUCUCUCUCACAACCUAUGCUAGCAAAUAUUAGAUGCGAGGAUGAGUUUGAUCUAGGCUAGUCGAUUAAAAACAGCAGAAGAAUAAUUAAAAGAAAAUGGGUCCAUCGUGAAUAAACUAGAUAGCUCGCAUAGCACGCGGUGGCCAUUUUGCCGAUAAAAGGCUUCGACUAUUUGCAACCUCAUUAAAAGGGAGCCGAGAUAAAUCACAUUAAAAUGAAUUGAACGUUGGAAUAAAUAGAACAUCGUUGAAUCAUUUAGAUGGUACGUGCAAUUAACAGGUAGAUAGGUUCUAAAUAACUGCUUAGGGUUUCUGGAUUAGAAACCAAAAGGGACUUAAAAUACAAAAUAGGAUACCCUAUUUAAGUACUCUGUAAGAAACUUGGAAACCAUAGAGACCAUAGCCUAUAGCUAUAGCCUAUCCUGCGACGCGGCAUAAACCUAUACAACUGACAUUCGGACCCCUCCUCGGCGCUUAUGAGGUACAAAGCACCGUGUUUUAAAAAUUUUGGUAAAAAAUCAAUUUGCGAAGAAAAUCACACGUCCCUCUUUGAGGACAACAUAUAUCUCGUUAUUUACCUGUAUAUAUAUGCCCAUUAGUUAACGCUUUUACUGCGGGCGUGAGUGAUGGAGUUUCGUAUGCUGUAGCUCUACAUACUAGUCACUAAAUAAAUAGUACCAUGUAAAAGUCCUGCUGACGAGGUUUCAUUUGAAUGGAAACACCAGAGGAUUUCAUCCACAGACUCAAAAAUUAGAACUACAAACUAAAUAAAUAGUACCAUGUGAAAGUACUGCUGAAGAGGUUUCAUAUGAAUGGUAACACCAUAGGAUUUCAUCCAUAGACUCAAACAUUAGAACUACAUACUAAAUAAAUAGUACUGUGUGAAAGUACUGCUGAAGAGGUUUCAUUUGAAUGGUAACACCAUAGGACUAGUUGUCCAAAGACUUAAAAGCAUGGUACUAUUUAUUUAGUAUAUAGUUCUAACUUUUGAGUCUGUGGAUGAAAUCCUAUGGUGUUACCAUUCAAAUGAAACCUCUUCAGUAGUACUGUCACAAGGUACUAUUUGUUUUACAGCAUUUUGUUUGAUGAUGUUAAGACAUUUUGGUAAAUUUUGACAUUGGUCACCUUUGGCAGUGAAAGGGUGAAAAUGUUAUCCAUAGAGAAACUCAGUUCGCAACUUCCCGACGUGACGUCGGGUCAUAGUCAUACAGAGAGGGUAUUCACUUGGAAUGCAUUUUAAGACUUUCGUAUAACAAAUAGUAACAUCGCAUGGCUGCAAAUAAAUUCUGAAUUUUUUGUUUUAAAAAGCGGGGACAGUUCAUUAUUUCAGGUUUGCACGAAUAAGUAAGAUACUCCUUGUUCCUAAUGCACCUCGUAUUGUGGCUAUAGAAAGAUUAUCCCAAUUUCGAUUAAAACGGCCCAGCGGGGGACUUUAUGCAAAGUCAGUAUAAAACAAGUUAUGGAACUGAAGAUUAGUUCAGAAUAACAAUGAUAAGAUAUAAAAAACGCUUGUUAAGUGCGCGAGUUUAAUAUUUAAUGAAGUAAAAUAUUCACACCGUUGCACCUUUGCUGCAUGGUUAAUUCUGUUACCGUCGAGGAAGUGACGGACAUUAUAAUACUGAUUUUCUCGAACGCUGUUUCCAUCAAACAAUUCACAACUUGGUCCAUUUAUUACGAGAACAUUUUUGAUUUCAAAAAGAGAUACAAAAAGUGAAGCCCGGUUAAACACCUUAUCUCUAACUUACAUGGUUGAAUUCUGUCGCUUACAAUUAAAUUACAAUAAGCACACAGUGUACGUUUAGAUAAUUUGGCUAAGAGUUUGACACAGCUCCCGAUAUUCACUAGUUCAAUCUGGAGCAUUUUCCGGCCGCCAAUGAUUAAUUUCGAAGUUUAAUUACACUCACCCUGGAAUUAAACUACGUUCGCGAAUUGAAUAAAGCAAGCACCUGCUUCUGUUUAAAAAAAAAACAAAUACUUUUAAUAGCGUAAAAAAAAUUGGUUUACCUUCACUGUGUUCAAGUAUUUGUUAUGGUAAUUUUUUUCAUUUUAAUUAUGAUGUCCUUUUUUAAGAAAAAUACCUUUUCCCUUAGUUAGAAAACAUAAUUUCGGAUUCAGUAUGCGAGCUUUUUGACUAACAUAGGCUUAUCAUUUAUUUGUCAAGCGAUUUGAAUAAAAUCCCUGAACAUUGAAAGGGGAUAGCAAUUAGCAAUAUUGUUAAUCUCUGAAAAUUGGAGCCCGUAGAAAUUCUCCUUUAAAAAAAGGCCCAUUAACGUCUUUGCCAUUCAGCAAUGUCGCAGUUUUUGAUGAAAAAGGAUAGCAAUAUUGGAAAUCUUUGAAGAUUUUGGUCCGGCCGAUAUACAUAAUAGUUUUUGAGAAAAUCUCCUUUAAAAGCUUGACAUUAUCAAAUACAAUACAAUGAUCUUAUUGAUGGAUCAUUGAAGUUUUUACUACCCAGCAAUGAUGCAGUUUUUGAUGACUUCUUCUUACUUAGAUAUUGCCCUGAAAGAGCUAAAAGUUGCACAAACUGCUCAAGUCAACCAUUUAUUUCAACCUUUGCUACCUCUGAUCUAUAACGUGGAAACCUCUGUAUAAUGUGGACACUUGGCUCUAUCUCUUUGGUGUGUUUAUGACGGUGGUUUUACUGUGAUACAGACAAGACACCUUUAAUGCAGACACACGGCUCUAUCCGACCUUCAGUGUCCAUACGGUAAGGUGGUCUGAAUGUAUUACAGACACCUCAGUAAUGCGGACACAUGGCUCUAUCCCUUUGAUGUCCGUAUGAAGGUGCCAUUUUACUGUGAUACGGACACCUGUAAUGCAGACGUUUCGCUCUGCCUCUUUGGUAUCCAUGAUAAUGAGGUUUGACUAUAAUACAGCCAUCUCUGUGAUGCAGACACUUGGCACUGUCCCUUUGGUUUCUCUGGAAAAUUUGUUUCGCCAGAAACUAGGUUGAGUUUAAUAUUUGAGGCCACGUUCAAAAGGAAGCCGCACGAAUUUUUGACCGGCAGAAAAAUUUGACCCGCACACUUCAAUCGGCACACAUAACCGUUCGAUAUUUUCGUUCUGUUCACAUGAAACUGACAAACAAGGUUGAAUUUUAACUUUUGUUUUAACUUUUGUCAGUCGGGGCAUGCGCACUUUAGCAAAUCGAAAAUGGCGUAUUCCAGCUGAGUAACCACUCAUCCAUGCUACCAUACCUUUGCCGUAUAAAAAUUUAGACGUUCAUGGUGUUCACACCAUCAUAGUUAGUCAAAUUUACAGGCUAAAAAAUUGACCCUCGAUUUUGGCGUUCAACGUUUGGAACGUCUAGGCGUAUAAAUAGAGACCUUUAGGUUCUUCGACGAGUACGACUACGAGUACGAGAUUUUCUCAAUACUAAGUCGUGCUCGCGCGUGAGCCAGCGUCAUUUGGGGAGGAGGGGGGGGGGGGGAAGGUUUAUGACAAAUAACAAAAAGCGGCUAUUCUAGACAUCAAAUCCCCUCAGACACACUGAAUUAUCUUUCUCCCUGCAACACUUUCCUUCCAAGCACAUAUUAUUUUUUGCACAUCUCCCAGCCAGCAAAAAUUUCCCUGUUAGGGAGAAAGGAAUUUCACCCAUUUAGCCUCUUUCAUAUUCUACUUCCACCCCCGUAAAUACACUGAACCAAUCGUAUGGGACUUGUAAAUUAAAUGACCGCUUUUUAUAAACCACGGAGCUAAAUGCAUCCUUAAGAUAUUUUGAAUAACUCUGGACUUAGGGCAUCGAUUAACGCGUUUUUAUUAUAGUACAGUUUUUAAAUCCAGAUGCGAUAAAAGAAACAAAAGAAGAAGAAGAAAAGAAAAAGAAGAAAAACUUUUACCUUAAUGUCCAUGUCCUUUUGCAUGUGUAAAUUCAACCUUUCGCGGCAUUUGUAUGUGGGGCGUUCAUACAAACCCGAUUUUAUUGUAUUUGAAAACGUAUGCUUUUCAUAUACCGUGGAGCUAGAUGUAUUCUCAAGAUAUUUUGAGGAACCCUGGACUUAGGUCAUCGAUUUAUGCCACUUUAGUAAAGCUUUUAAAUCCAGAUGAGGCAAUUUAGCCUUUUGAGGAAUCGAUUCCGUGGGUUGUCGGCAAUUUGCGGUUCUAUAGUCACGGGCAAAUUUUAAAACUAGAAAGCUUUUGAUCAAUUUUAGGAAAGCGGAAAAACGUGAUGAUAACAAAUUCUAAUCGGGGACAUUAGUGAUGACUCUUGGAGCUAUUUGUACAUGCAUUGAAUUUAAUGCUCCCUUGGAUAUCUCAAAAGCCACAUCAAGUUAAAGCUACCUCAGUAGGAACAGUAGAAUUUCUAAAACUGCUUCUCCAUGCAAUUGAACACUAUCGGCCAACCACUGCUAAUUGCAAGUUCCCCUAAAUGGGAAAUCAGUUUGCAAUAUGUCGCACGGUUUGUAAAUAACAUGUCACAGCAACCCAAUGAGGAGAACCAUCUGCUUUUUGAGUGGCUGAUCACCAUAUAAGAAACUUGACUACUGUAAUCUUAAACGGCAGGGUUGGAUCGGGAAAUGUUAGCUUGAGGCCAUACGAUAUUACAGGCAUUACAGGCGGCCGAAGCGUUAUUUCCACUAGCUCUCUUUAAAAUUAUAUUACUUCAAAUUAACUGGGAAGUCAAAAUCGAAAACGACAGCCAAACGAGUGAAGACGAAGAAAUUUUAUUUGCCAUGAUGACCGAGGAGUGUUCCGGACAUCUUGAAUAUACUACGUCAGUAAUUCUGGCUUUGCUCCACUCUUCCUCUGGGUUCAUGUCCAUCAUCGGCAAUCUCGUAGUUCUACUCGCUGUUUACCAAACGACCGUACUUCACACGGUUUCAAACUAUUUCAUUGCAUCGCUGGCAGCGGGCGAUUUUCUUGUAGGCAUCAUCAUCUGUCCUUUGUGGGUAACGAAGAGUGUUUUAAACAUUUGGGAAAACAGACAUCCUUUGACGUUAGCUGCAGAACUUAUGUCCGUCCAAACAUUGAUAACAACUACUUUUAAUUUGGCAGCAGUAAGUCUCGAUCGAUAUUUAGCCAUUACAAAUACGUAUUGCUACUUACAAACUGUGACACUGUUUCGUUGUUACUGUUCUAUCGUACUGAUUUGGUUGUUUUCCCUCGCCUUUGCCUGUCUUCGUUUGAUCAUCACAGAUCCAAUCGAUUUACCAAAGCUUUGGAUAACUGUGGCCUUCGUCGGUUACACCCUUCCAUUCGUGGUCAUAAGCUACAGCUACUAUCAUAUUUACAAAACCGCAAAUCACCACCAUCGUAGGAUUGAAGCUGAAGCACGAACCGUCACGGUGGUCUCCGAAGCUGGCCCAUCCAAAGUCUCGGGAGUAGCAGAAGCGAGACGAAACCGAAAGGCCGCGAAUACAGUCGGAAUCAUCAUCGGAAUCUAUCUUAUUCUGGCUCUUCCAAGCAUGGUUAUUGUAGGCAUUCAGCUGCUUACGAAAGACGAAUGUUUAAAGGUUCGUAUUAUUCGAUUUUGGUUUUGGGGGGCACUGUUCUCCUUUAGCAGCUCGGCAGUAAAUCCGUGGAUCUAC